UGCAGAUGUUCAGGCUAGAGUAGUAACCCUAUUUUAUUUUUAUCUUAAGCUACAAUUGUUAAUUCUGUUGCUCUUAUCUCCUUGGAGAUUUACUGGCUAUGUUUAUCAGGCUUGUUUGCAUUGCAUUUGACACAUUCCAUUUGUCACAGAAGGUUGGCUUGACGUAGCACUGUCUCAUUGCAAAGUUAUUGUGACCUAUUGAAAGUGUGAAUUAUGGAAGAUGUACUGCAGUCGUGGCUGGCCUGAUGCAAUGUUCCUUGGACUUUCAAAUGCCAAAUCCCAGAUCAAGAGCAAAAGAGAAAUGCAAAACGGUUCUCAAAAGUGAUGUUUUACUUGAGGUUGCUCGUAAGCAUGCAAUCUCAAGUGAUUGGAAAGUGAAAAGUGUUUUCAAGACUGAUGUAGAACACACGUCCUCUGAGUGAUGCGUUCUUUGUUCAUCAAACAAUCAAACUGCUUUUAUGCAGCUUUUUUUUACGGUGUUGAUUUUUUUACCUGGCGCUACCUACCUCUAAUCAUGUUUUCAGAAAGAGAGUGCAGUUAGGAAAAGCCUAGCAUGAGUUUUAAUGGACUCUAAUGGGCUCGCUAGGCCCCGGGGAAAAACCAUUGUGAUGGAGACAGUACAUGAAGAAGAUUCAAUCCAUCUUAAAGAUCCUCAUUCAAACAAGGGAAACGGGCGUUUUUGUAAGGUUACCGCUGCGGUUUGAAGAUACAGACUGUCUGUCAUACCAUCACAGAAUGAGCGAGGAUGGACACGCAGUAAUAUGGAUGUUGCUGGACACACCAUGCGACCUUCAGAGAAAGUGAUGGUAAAAGAGCGCUUACUAAAACCACUCCAUGGUGAUCAUUUCACAAGGAUUAAUGACACGUUCUCCAUCUAGCCUCUUUUUUAUUUGCUGUUCUGACCAUGAAUGUAUGGUUUAUAGACUAACCAUGAAAUAUCGUAGAGGCAUGUGACACAACAGACCCACCAUGCUAGACCAAAGUGGGUUACAGCGUAACUGUCACAGUAAAGCCAGAAUGAAGCCUCUCGACUCUGUAGGCUUGAAUAUGGCUUGAACUGGAGCCAGCAGCUCAGCCAAUUCUGAUGAUUAUAUAAGUCUCUGAGGAAGCAAAGAGACCAUGUGUAACAUCUCAACCUCGUGCAAUGUCGACUCGAACAUAGACCAGUUUUUCCAGCCAGCGCUGUAUAUAAUAGUCAUCGUACUUGGCUUCCCCACCAACUGCAUGGCCCUGUGGGCCGCGUACAUGCAGGUGAAACAGAAAAAUGAGCUGGGUAUUUACUUGAUGAACCUCUCCGUGGCCGACAUCUUGUAUAUAGCCACUUUGCCACUUUGGAUAGACUAUUUCGUGCAUCACGACAACUGGAUUCACGGCCAGGUGUCUUGCAAGCUCUUCGGUUUCAUUUUCUACACCAACAUUUACGUCAGCAUCGCCUUCCUUUGUUGCAUUUCCGUGGACCGUUACUUGGCCGUGGCUCAUCCGCUUAAAUUUUCCAAAGUCCGUCGGGUCAAAACAGCCUUGCUGGUCAGCGUCGUUGUCUGGGUAACGGAAAUCGUGGCUAACUCCGCCCCUCUCUUCCAUGACGAACUUUUUAAGGACCGCUUUAACCAUACCUUCUGCUUUGAGAAGUACCCCAUGCAGGACUGGGUGGCCGGUAUGAACCUUUACCGCACUUUUCUGGGGUUCCUCAUGCCUUGGGGGGUGAUGCUGGCUGCGUACAGAGGUAUCCUGAGAGCCGUGCGCAGUAACGUCUCCACUGAGAGACAAGAGAAGGCCAAAAUCAAGAGGCUGGCCCUCAGUUUAAUCCUCAUUGUGCUCCUCUGCUUUGCUCCCUACCAUGUGCUCCUGUUGUGGCGUAGUGUGCUGUUUCUCAGCAAUCCCUGCGACUGUGGUGCAGAGGAGGACUUGUUCGGUGCGUAUCAUGUGACUCUUGCGCUCACCAGUCUCAACUGCGUGGCAGACCCCAUCCUCUACUGCUUUGUCAAUGAGGGGGCCCGUAACGACGUGGGCCGGGCUCUGACCACCCUCUUGGGUUUGUUCCAUCGAAAUCAAACGGAUGCACUGAUGGGGACAUCCAUCACCGUGGAGACGCCCCUAGCGUUGAAGAAGCCUGACUUCUAUGGUGAGAACACAAACAAAGAUAUUUUGAAGAAUGUUGUUAACCAAACAACAUUGGACCCCAUUGACUUCCAUUGUAUGGACACAAAACCACUGAGACAUUUCUCAGAAUAUCUUCUUUUGUUUUAUUUAUGUUUUAAAUGACGUGAAGGGUGAACAAUCCCUUUAACGUACAGAUGCCCAAAACGUAUUUGAACAUAUAAGCCAAAAAAACUGUUGGAAUUGUGUCAUACACAAAAUAUCAAACAAAGUGUUCUGCAAACAAAUUAUGCUUAACUUUUCCCCAGAAUCAGUGUAUUUAGACAUGUUUACAUUUACUUUUAACCAACAUUUGCAUUUUAGUUCUCUAGCAAGUAACCACUGGUUUAGUUUAUUAUGUAUAGACAGUUCCUAAAGUCUUAAUUCUUAAUUUGUGCCAGGUGUCUUUAAAUAAAUGGCAAUUGGUUGGAUAUUUUGUUAUUUAAUGCAUAGUCAUACAGUACUCUUAAAUGUGGACAUAGUGUAAAUGCUAUUUCGGGCCACUACAUUAUAUGUGAAGGUGCACUUUCACAAGUACGACAGCUAUGUACACCUCAUGUUUUUUUCCUGAAACACUGUCUAUGAUAAAACCCGAUCUGUCUUUUCCUGAGGAUGAGGAUGAAUCAAUAUCCGCAAAACGCUGAUGUCAAUUUCCCUUCUCCUCUUAAAUGUUUUCUAUGUACAAGCAUGUCUGCCAUUUGUGUGUGUCAUUUUAGAUUUUACAGGAAGUAUAUUCUGCCACAACUGUUUAUUGUAAGUUCAGUUAUUUAUUUUCCAGCCAUCACAGUCGACACAAAUACCGACCAGGUGUGACUGUUGUAGCGUUAUGAUAUAUAAAAUUCUCCCUAUACACUGUAUAAAGCCUUCAUUAGUAGACAUACAUGUUUCUCUCAACUGUCUCAUGUUCGAUUUAAUCCUCUCUGUUCAGUGAUCCACAAACACCCCAAAAUGGAAAGUGUUUCCAAACAAUGGGCUUUGCAGUUGUUUACAUUUGUCUUCAGCAGUUCUCCAUGUUCCAGCCUAGCAAACUGUAAAUUCUGAAUGUCAACAAAGUGCAAUGUAAUGAAAUGAUUGUUAUGCCAAAAUAAAGUCAAUG